AUGAAGGGGCUGCUGAUCAGGACGGUGGAGCGGUUAGGCGAGGGGAGCGCCUGGGCCAGCGGUCAGGCCAACGGUCAGGUGAACGGCCAGGUGAACGGCCAGGUGAACGGCCAGGUGAACGGUCAGGUGAAGGGUCAGAUGAACGGUCAGAUAAACUGCCAGAUAAACGGUCAGGUAAAAUGCCAGAUAAACGGUAAGGUCAAGGCAGAGCUGGGUGGCGACGCUAAGGGUGAGGCUAGCGGCUGGGCCAACGGUCAGGUCAAAGCAGAGCUGGGCGGCGACGCUAAGGACCACGUUAAGGGCCACGCUGGGGGGGGCGGCAAAGAGUACCCGCUGCUGCACUACCUAAAGGAAAUUAAGACGAACGAAAACUGCUACUGCAUAGGCACGCUAUUCAAAAAAAUGGAGCUCCGACCAUCCAUCCUAAACGAAUACAUAAGCGAAAUCAACGAGGCGGAAGACGUCGUGGUGAACUACUCACAUGACGAAGACGUCCUAUUUCUGGAGGACGAAACAGCAAGGUUAAAAUUGGAAGGAAAUAUAAACAGCGACCAUUAUGUGACAGGCCUCACAGUUAUUGUAAAAGGGACGGGUAUGAGCAAUGGCUCCCUAUAUGUGGACGAGCUCAUCUAUGCCUACGUGCCAAAGUUAGAAGUUCCGAGGUGCAUUACCGAUGACGAUAAAUAUGUCAUGUUCGUCUCGGGGCUGUACAUAAGUGAAAGAAACGAAAAUGUACAUAACACCUCCUUAUUGAAGAAUUUUAUUCUAGGAUUACAUGGAGAUAAACACUUAUCCGAGAAGCUAAUCAGGAUAGUUAUUGUUGGCAACUCUCUUCGAAAUGUUGAUAGCGAUGAGAAAGAAAUGAACACCGUGGACGCGUUCCUUUCUUCUCUCUGUCCAGCUGUGUAUGUCGAUUUAAUGCCAGGGGAGAAGGACCCUAGUGAUGCCAUUCUACCACAACAACCUUUUCCCAACUUAUUUUUUAAGACUGCCAGAAAUUACAACUCCUUUCAAUGCGUGACUAACCCGUACCUCUUCUCCAUCGAUAAUGUAAACAUAUGCUGUAUGUCCGGUGAACCUGUUAACAAUAUAGUCUCUUACUCCAAAAAUUGUCCUAUGGAUGCUCUGAAAAUGAUUGCAAAGAGUCACACGCUGGGGUGCUAUCCGUUCAUAGAGAAGGACCCUUUUUGUUUACAGGACGAUGAUAAGUACCCCCACAUUUUUGUUAACGGGAAUUGCGCACAGCUCGAGGUGCAACACCUGCACGGCGAGAAGACGCUACCCCUGCUGGUGUGCCUGCCGAGCUUCGACAUCACCCCCAAGGCGCUGCUCGUAAACAUCAGGAAUAUGCAGCACGUGACGUUGACCUUCGACGUGGGGAAGUAG